ACAACCAGUUCAGUUGACUGCAAGUCGUCGAGCAGUGCGGGCGUGCGCGAGCUUUCCUGCGUCCCAGCAGCUUACGCCAACAGACAACAAAGUCGCGUGUCGAUCAAAACAACCAAAUAAAUCUCAUAAAAAACAAAAUAUUCCUCAAAAUACUCUAUAAAACUAUAAAUAAUAAGUGAAACUUGAUAAAAAGUGUAAAACUUUGCGGAUAUAAACACAAGAAAACAACAAGUCUUAGAAACUAAUUGUACAGAUUCAUAAUUUGCAAGGUAAAAAAGUUUUUUCAAUAAAUAAUACGCGUCUUGAAUUGUCCUCGACGGAUUUGUGCUCAUACUUGUCUCGUCAGCCUCCUCGGAACUUUGCAUCACAGACACACAAUCCUAAUUACGUUAGAUUUCCGCCUUGCGGAGAGGAAAAACCGCGCCGCAAUGGCACUGCGAAGUGAACAAAAGUGAAUGGAAAAUUCAAAAGGAUUACGCUGCGAGCGGCGAAACAAAAAGUGAGUGAGAGCGGGCGCGUGCAAGCAGCGGGAAAGUUUUCGGCGUCGAAAAGCGCGCGCUGAAAGUUCAAGAACGUCGACGCAAGAAAUUAACUGUUAAUUAAGUUGGAUGCGAUUUUUUCGGAGACGCAGCCACGCUCGCGACGAAAGUGUAAACAAAUCGAAGCGAAAUUAAAUUGGCUGCACAGCACGCCGACGGGGGUGAGCACACGGACACAAAGUGCAUCGGGACAAUGAGGCGCCGUGAUCGGUGCGGCGGCGUUGGCGUUUGAGAGUGUCGGGAGCGGCCUGCCGCCACUCCGCACCGGAAGCAUCGGCGAUGCAUAGCACGGAAAAUGGCACCGAGUCAGGAGGGGAGCAAAGAACGACGACGACGUCGGUGGCGACGAGCGGAUCUGUUUCGUUGUCGGCCAACACGGCGACGCUCAACGGGGGCGGCGUGCGCGAAUGCGCCGGCUGCCGCAAGCGAAUUACCGAACGCUUCCUGCUGAAAGCCCUCGACCUCUUCUGGCAUGAGGACUGCCUCAAGUGUGGCUGCUGUGACUGUCGGCUUGGUGAAGUUGGAUCCACGUUAUACACGAAAGCCGAUCUUAUUCUAUGCAAACGUGAUUAUCUUAGAUUAUUCGGCACGACUGGUUAUUGCGCAGCGUGUAACAAAGUGAUACCGGCAUUCGAGAUGGUAAUGCGCGCAAAAAGCAAUGUGUAUCAUCUGGAGUGUUUUGCGUGUCAGCAGUGUAACCACCGGUUUUGCGUGGGCGAUAGAUUUUACCUCUGCGACAAUAAAAUUCUCUGCGAGUACGAUUACGAGGAGCGCCUCGUGUUCGCCAACAUGGCGUACAAUCCCAGCAGCUUGGCGCACAUACGAAGGCAAGUCAAUAAUUUACAGUCGGCAAUCGGAGACGUGACACUAGCGCAGCUGCAGUGCGGCGGAGGCGGUGGCACGACGCCACUGCACCCGGCGCACGUGCACACCCACGGCUUGCAUCCGCACGCACUGACCGCACCGUCUGCUUCGUGUUGCAGCGAGAAGAGCUCGUCGUCGUCGGCGCCGGAGUCGGUGGGGCGCCACCACCGCCACCAGCACCUAGGGCCACAGCCGCCGCCCAGUAGCCAACGCGAUGACGGUUCCAGCGGCUACGGCUCGCCGGACUCCGAGACGCUCGACUUACCAACGGCCACGCAAUGACCGUGCCAAUCAUUCCAACGAAGAAUUAAAAUGCGAUUUACGUAAUGUUGACUUGUACUCACAUCGAGUGGAAAUGUGCUAGUCCAAUCCAAAAACAAACACAUAAACUGUCUAAUCUUUAAUAACAAUAACAAAUGACUAUCAACGUGACGAAAAAUAUUGAAACGUAUACGAAUGAAUACAAAAACACAGUUUGUAAAUAUUGUCGACAAGAUGGCGGCGUUGUCGACUUAUUUGAUCUUCUUUAAAUCAUGUUUGUACAAUGUACAUAGUUUGACUAUUGUUUAAAUGUUUCGAGGCACGUUCAAAUACGAUGAUGUAAAAUGGCGAUACAGUAUACGGCACCCACUGAGAUUCUCAUUAUUAAACUACGAUUUACAAGUUAAUGUCCAGGCUGUGAUCGAAAGCUAGGCGAGAAACAAAUCGACAUCACAGUAUCGCACGAUGAUGAAAGACACUAUGUAAAUAUGAACUAAUUAGAUGAACCAAUAGAUAAAAGCAUCAAAUUAUUUCCAAUUGACACAGAAGUUUAUAAGAACAAUGAAUACAAAUGCAAAAAGGAUACAUAUCUCAUUUUUAUGCAUUAUUGCGUUAGUUUUAACAAUAUUUUCAAAGGAUUUAGUCAUUUUCGAAACAUUUCAGUGCCAUCAUCAUAAAUAUUAUACAAACUGCAAUACAUUUGAAUGUUUUAUUCUCAAUUAAGUUAAUAUACGUAAAACGUGUAACUCAAAUUAUGAUUUGUACAAAUAUUGCUGUUAUUGUUUGCUCUUUGUUAAUUAUUAUGUAAAUUAUGUGUUAUUAAUGACGAACACGUGUAAGUAUAAACGAUAAAUUUAAGCUACUAACGAUACGAUUGUAAUUAUUCACUGAUAACAAAUUUUUAAUUAAGUUAACUUAUGAAUACGAUAUUCAUGUGUACAUAUUAUUUAAGCGAUUAGUUAUACGAAGCUGAAACAAAGCAUAAACGGCAAAAACUGAUGCAGAAAUAUAAAACUCUAUUAGUUAUUUGGAAUAAAUGGAUUUGGCAAAGUUAAAUACAGAUUUCUGCUUGAAUUAAGAGGAGAAAAUGCGGAAAAAUGUAAAAUAAAAUCAUUAAAUAAAUUAAAUGUUGUCUUUUUGUUAUACAAA